AACGCGCAUUAAACAUGCAAGCAGCAAAACUUGUGGGCUGCCGAUAUUAGCGUUAGUAAAGUGCAAGAAAUUACGAGUAUAUGAAGCUCUGGGAGGCCAUGUAUUACUAAACAUGGAUAUAUUUAAAGAAGAAACGGAGUUUAACGUUACACAUAUCCCUAUGUUCCAAAGGGUUGUGGAUAUGUUUGACGGUCGUCCAGGUAUUCAAAGGAUUGUAAGACUUGGCCUUCUUGCUAAUAUGGACUACAGUGAUGAGCUAGAUGUCGCAGAUGAGGAUGAUUGGUUACAUCAUCCUAGUAAUUCUUAUGAAUACCCAAGGCCCUCCUUGGGUAGUGAUAGAGGAUUAGGUGAGAACCAUACAAAGUCAUCCAGCUCUGUUUAUCAGCUUCCACGGCAUCACUACACCGCAGGUUAUGACCCUCCUUGCCCAUCUUCUGUAAAAGUUCAGGCAAAGGAGAGCGAUACUGAAAGAAGAGCAAGAUUAUUACAAGAGGCCAAAAAAAGCAAAGAAAAAGCUGAGAAGAAGAAGCUGAAGAAAGAGAAACAGAAGGAAAGAAAACUGCUAGAGAAGUUGGAGAAGGAAAAACAGAACCCUGUGAAAAAUGAAGAGGAAAAUGAUGAUGCACAGAAAUCUAAAGCAGAAGAGAGCAAACCAGUUAAGAAUAAAUCCACUUCCAGUGUUAAAGAGUUGGCUUCCGCAAACAUUACAGACAGCAGUGGCGAAGACGAAUCUAGUGAUGAAGGUAGCAACGCCAAGGAUGACUCAUGCGACUCUGAGGAACUGGAUAUGACAAGUACAUUUGUGAGUAAAGCUGCUCUUAUAGCCAGGCGGAAAUUGGAUCAGAAGUCCAGGCCUGAGAGGAAGGAGAAGAAGAAGAUCCCAGUUAAAGAAACUAAAACUGUCCCUGACAUGCCUAAUGAAGACCUGGAGUUUGAAAAGAAGGAGUCAGCCGCAUCUAGCAACCCCACGUUUGAGGAUAAUAUAAAAAUAAGUACUGAUCUUGCAACUAUGGGAAAUAAGUUUGCAAGUUCUGGAGACUUUAAUACUGCAGUGAAAUAUUUCACGGAUGCAAUUAAAUACAACCCUACAGAGUUUAAGUUGUUUGGCAAUCGUUCCUUCUGUUUUGAAAAGAUGCAAGAAUAUAUGAAGGCGCUGACUGAUGCAGAGUUGUCGCUCAGCAUGUGUCCAGGGUGGGUUAAAGGUCUGUUUAGGAAAGGCAGAGCUUUGGCAGGUCUUAAGAGGUAUGAGGAAGCUGCCCAGGCCUUCAGUGAGGUUCUCAAACUGGACAGUUCAUAUGCAGAAGCUGCCCAGGAACUGAUGCGGAUGCAGAUAAUACAGCUAAUGGAGUAUGGUUACACUCGCGAACAGAGCUCAAACGCUUUAAUUAUUCAUGGGACUGUUAAGAAAGCAGUAGAGGUGCUUUCCAAAUUACACCACCAACCAGGGGCUUUUCAAAAUGGCUUGCUCCCACUGGCUCAGGUAGCAAAUGCCAGCGGAGUCUCUCCAGUCCUUUCUGCCAGCACAAGUCCUGCUCCUCCUCAGCCACAGGAUGCACCAAAAACAACACUUCAGAACAAACCCUUAGGCCCAGUCCAGAAUAUGUCGAAUGUCAAGAGUCAACCAAAGCCUUUUCCUAAUCAGGCCAUGAAGGCCGCCAGUGAAAACAAUCACCCACCACACAGGGAGCUGUUUCCUGUUUGGGUUGGAAACUUGGUUUACCCAGUACCUGAGACUGUGAUAACUAAACUAUUUAGCAAGGUCGGGGUCGUCUAUAGUGUGAAGGUUCUGACUUACAAACGAUGUGCCUUCAUAAACUUUACAAAACAGGAGGACUGUGAAGAAGCAAUCCGGCACUUUAGUGGCUUCGAGCUGAAUGGCAACAAGCUUGUUGUGAGAUAUCCGGACCGGAUUCCUCAUGGCAUGGGCAUUUCCAAAUCUGCCCUCAAAGCUGCUCACCUGCAAGAUGAGAAUGUGGGGCAAAACAAUUACAUUGACGGGAGGAAUGCAGGCGGAAACCGAAGACCUGUUCGCCCUUACAGACCUGUCCCAGACUACAGAGGCAACCACAAGCAAUGAAAGGAAACAGGGCCGUGGGGCAUCUGUCCUUCAUAAUAAAAGCAUAAUCACUUAUACUGUCAGUAUAGAUUUGUCAACAGUAUUCUACAUGAUUGUAAAGGUCCAGUGUGUAAGAUUCAGGGGGCUCUAUUAGCAGAAGUCCAGUAUAAUCUUCAAUUUUGUUUUCAUUCGUGUAUAAUCGCAGAGCAAACCAAACAAGCACUCAUUCUAGAGAACACCUUUUGUGGUUUGCAUAUUUUUAGCAGCCACUGCAGGAGAGGGCGCGAGGCGAGGGGUUUUAAAUAUGUAACCUCACAGCAAGAUGCCACUAAAUCCUACACGCUGGACCUUUAAGGCUUUGCUUCUUUUUUCAGUAUUUUUAUGAUAUUUUUUGUGGACAACAAAUCUGCUUAUUUUGAUUUUUUUUUUUUUUAAGAAGGAAUUCAAGUAUUCAUCUGAAAAUGACUCACUGACAAAUAUACGCUUACUUUAAUCAUUACCUUACAGCUUUACAUGCAGUGGUUCCAGGUAUUAACAAUUACUGAUGCCAAUGUUUUUAAAGCCAGACUGAUAUAUUGGAGAGUCGAUAUUACAUACUACAUACAUAUUACAUGUAUUACAGGUUGAUAUUGGUAUUUUAAAUAUCAGUAUGCAGGAAAAUCAGUUUAUAAAUUACAUGAGAAAGUAAACUCUGUUUACAACACUGCAGUACGAGCUGGUAUAGUACAGAGUUAUUGAUGAUUCCAAUUCAACUAAAUGGUGUUUUUUAUAUAUCAAUACAGUUCAACUUCAUAGUGAUGUUGACCUUAUUUACCUAUCGUGAACUAAGUUAGGUAUUACAAGAGCCUUGCAUUUAUGGCCUGUGUCUAAAUUACCUGUAUUCAGAAUCUAUAUUCAGAAUCUUUACUAUUCAUUAUAGCUAAUACAAGUCAUUUGCGAUAAACAAUCUUUUUAAUCUAUAGCACAACCGCUGUUUGUUGCAAACUCAAUCACUUUUGCUCAUUUUUCUUCCUUAAGGUGACUUAAAAAUGUCACAGUUCUUCAGUGGUGGUUGAUCGCAGGAUGGCAUGUCUUAUUUUAUUCAGAAGCACUCAGUAAUUAUGGAGUUUGUUCUUAAUUUGAGAAUUAAAGAUCCUUUCACAUUCUCA